UAGAGGGGGGUCGGAGUAGUUUCACAGAACUGCAGAACAGCAGGGGAGGAAGAGAGACAGAGCCUCGAGAGAGGGAGAGGAAGAGAGACAGAGAGAGAAAAGUCCAGCUUCACCUGAAUUUCCCCCUUUUCUGCUCCCUUGGUGUGGUUCAGAGAGAGGAAGAACGGAGGAUCCGAGAGCGAGGGAGUGGCAGCUUCAAUAAUUACACAGGGAAAGUGUAUGUGAGUGAGAGAAAGAGGCAGAGAGAGCGGGAGCAGAGCUGCAGUAGCAUCUUACAGCAGACGGCUGAGGACUGCCUCCCUGUGUGUGUGUGUGUGCGUGCGUGUGUGUGUGUGCGGCAUGUCUGUGUGACUGCACUGCUGAAGAAGAGGAGGAGGAGGCAGUGUGAGCAUGCUCUCUUAGACACAUCAGGGCCAUACAAGGGAACACACACUGGCACCAUCAGCAUCAGUGUCUGUUCGUGGCAGGCAAGACCUCCAGCGCUGCAUCCGCCCAGCCUCUCAGCCACAACCCCAGGACCUCGCCAGGCCUCUACCACCUUCAUCUCCACAAUACAGUCGGCUCAACCAGGCUGAAACAUGGCACAAGCUGCCAAACAUCUCCGCAAGAACAAGGAUUUAGAAGCCCAUCUUGAGGCAGAGCGCAAGGAGAAGGAGGAGGAAAAGGCCAAGAAGAGGAACCGCUCGCGAGAUAAAAAGCGCAAGGCUGAUGCUGUCACUAGUUUUCUGCGGGCGGCUCGUUCUGGUAACAUGGACAAGGCCCUCGACCAUAUAAAGAACGGCAUAGACAUCAACACAGCCAAUCAGAAUGGUCUCAACGGGUUGCAUCUGGCCUCUAAAGAAGGCCACGUUAAAAUGGUGCUGGAGUUACUGCAUGGAGGCAUCGAUGUGGAAACCCAGACUAAGAAAGGCAACACAGCUCUGCACAUUGCUGCCCUGGCUGGGCAGGAGCAAGUGGUGGCAGAGCUGGUAAAUUACGGGGCCAACAUCAAUGCCCAGUCCCAGAAGGGCUUCACUCCGCUCUACAUGGCCGCACAAGAGAAUCAUCUAGAAGUUGUGAAGUUCCUUUUGGAGAACGGGGCCAAUCAAAGCAUUCCUACUGAGGAUGGCUUUACCCCUCUCGCCGUGGCUCUUCAGCAGGGACAUGAGAACGUUGUGGCCCUGCUCAUCAAUUACGGCACCAAGGGCAAAGUUCGCCUCCCAGCGCUGCACAUAGCAGCGCGGAACGAUGACACGCGCACAGCUGCUGUGCUUCUACAGAACGACCCCAACGCAGACGUCCUGAGCAAGACAGGCUUCACACCGCUUCAUAUCGCUGCACACUACGAGAACCUGAGCGUAGCCCAACUGUUGCUCAACAGAGGAGCCAAUGUCAACUUCACCCCUAAGAAUGGCAUCACACCUUUGCACAUCGCAUCCAGGAGGGGGAAUGUGAUCAUGGUACGACUCCUGCUGGACCGAGGGGCACAGAUUGAUGCCAAGACCAAGGAUGAGUUGACUCCACUGCACUGUGCAGCCAGGAAUGGACACGUGAGGAUCAUUGAGAUCCUGUUGGACCAAGGGGCUCCCAUCCAGGCCAAGACCAAGAACGGCCUGUCUCCCAUCCACAUGUCAGCACAGGGGGACCACAUGGACUGUGUGAGGCAACUAAUGCAAUACAAUGCUGCAAUUGAUGACAUUACACUGGACCACCUGACCCCCCUGCAUGUGGCGGCCCACUGUGGGCACCACCGCAUGGCCAAAGUGCUGCUGGACAAGGGAGCCAAACCCAACUCCCGUGCACUGAAUGGUUUCACUCCACUUCACAUCGCCUGUAAGAAGAACCACAUGCGUGUGAUGGACCUCUUGCUGAAACACUCUGCUUCCCUAGAGGCUGUGACGGAGUCUGGCCUGACCCCUUUACAUGUGGCCUCGUUCAUGGGCCACCGCAAAAUAGUCACCAUCCUGGUACAGAAGGGAGCUUCUCCCAGCGCUUCCAAUGUGAAAGUGGAGACUCCUCUCCACAUGGCAUGUAGAGCUGGACACUAUGAGGUGGCAGAGUUCUUACUGACCAAUGCAGCGCCGGUAGACGCCAAGGCCAAGGAUGACCAGACACCGCUCCACUGUGCAUGUCGGAUGGGCCACAAGGAGCUGGUUAAGCUGCUGCUGGAGCACAAGGCCAACCCCAACUCCACCACCACAUCCGGACACACACCCCUCCACAUCGCUGCCCGUGAGGGACACGCUCAGACCACACGCAUCUUACUGGACAUGGAAGCCCAGCAUACCAAGAUGACCAAGAAAGGCUUCACUCCUCUCCAUGUGGCUUCAAAAUAUGGCAAAGUGGAUGUGGCAGAGCUGCUGCUGGAAAGAGGGGGCAACCCUAAUGCUGCUGGCAAGAAUGGUCUGACUUCUCUCCAUGUGGCUGUCCAUCAUGACAAUCUGGACGUGGUUAACCUGCUGGUCAGCAAGGGAGGCUCCCCACACAGUGCAGCUAGGAAUGGCUACACCCCUCUCCACAUAGCAUCGAAGCAGAACCAGGUGGAGGUUGCUAGCAGCCUGCUGCAGUACGGUGCCUCGGCCAACGCCGAGUCCCUUCAGGGGGUCACGCCCCUCCACCUGGCUGCUCAGGAGGGCCGGCCUGACAUGGUCGCCCUGCUCAUCUCCAAACAGGCCAACGUCAACCUGGGAAACAAGAGUGGACUGACUCCUCUCCACCUAGUGGCACAGGAAGGCCACGUGGGCAUCGCUGAUAUCCUGGCUAAGCAGGGGGCAUCAGUGUAUGCUGCCACACGGAUGGGAUACACCCCUCUCCAUGUUGCCUGUCACUAUGGCAAUGUAAAGAUGGUGAAGUUCCUCCUGCAGCAGCAGGCCAAUGUCAACAGCAAGACUAAGGUUGGUUACACUGCCCUGCACCAGGCAGCCCAACAGGGCCACACAGACAUCGUUACCUUACUGCUCAAACAUGGAGCCCAGCCGAACGAGGUCGCUACUAACGGUACGUCAGCCCUGUCCAUCGCCAAGCGGUUGGGGUACAUCUCUGUAAUCGACGUUCUCAAACUGGUUACUGAGGAGACAGUUUCCAUGACCACCACAGAGAAACAUCGUAUGAGUUUCCCAGAAACAGUGGAUGAGAUAUUGGACGUAUCAGAGGAUGAAGGAAUUGCACAGCUAACCAUAGGGGAAGAGCUUUUGGGGACGGAAGGAGCCAGGUACAUGAAGAUGGAUGACUUAAAGGACCAUGAUGACGAUUUCCUGUCACCCAAGAAAUCUAUGGAUAACUACUCACCUGCCAUUCCCAGGAUCCCUUGUGUAUCCCCAGAGACGGUCAUCCUGAAGGAGCAUGAAAUGGAGCAGGUACACACUCCAAUGCCAUUACAAAAAGAUUAUGAUGAUGACUCCCUGAUCCCCAGCAGUCCAGCUACAGAGACCUCUGACAACGUCAGUCCUGUGGCCAGCCCCAUACACACAGGGUUCCUGGUGAGUUUCAUGGUGGAUGCUCGGGGCGGCUCGAUGCGAGGCAGCAGACAUAACGGCUUGCGUGUCAUCAUCCCUCCACGGACCUGUGCCGCCCCCACGCGGAUCACCUGUCGUCUGGUCAAGCCCCAGAAACUCACCACUCCUCCCCCCCUGGUGGAGGGAGAGGGCUUAGCCAGCCGUAUCAUAUCACUGGGCCCAGCCAGCAUGCAGUUCCUAGGGCCUGUGAUCGUGGAGAUCCCUCACUUUGCUGCUCUGGGUCGAGGGGACCGGGAGCUGGUGGUGCUGAGGAGUGAGAACGGCUCUGUCUGGAAGGAACACCGCAAUCGCUAUGGCGACGAUGUGCUGGAGACUAUCCUCAAUGGGAUGGAUGAAGAGCUGGAGAGCCAGGAGGAGCUUGGGAAGAAGCGUAUCCGACGAAUCAUCUCCACUGACUUCCCCCUCUACUUUGCUGUGGUGUCGCGCAUCCAGCAGGAGAGCGAUCUGAUUGGCCGAGGGGGUCAGCUGACCAGUAAACUGGUACCGUUGGUCCAGGCUUCGUUCCCUGAGACAGCGGUCACCAAGCGAGUCCGCCUGGGCCUGCAGGCCCAACCAGUCCCAGACGAGCUGGUUGCCAAGCUGCUGGGUAACCAGGCCACCUUCAGCCCUGUGGUGACUGUGGAGCCACGGCGACGCAAGUUCCACCGGCCCAUCGGCCUGUGCAUCCCCCUACCCCCCUCCUGGAGAGAGAGCCCCCGGGACUCUGGAGAGGGGGACACCACCAGCCUGCGCCUGCUCUGCAGUGUCAUCGGUGGCACAGCCCCAGCCCAGUGGGAGGACAUCACAGGCACCACCAAGCUCAUAUAUAGCAAAGACUGUGCCAACUUCACAACCAAUGUGUCAGCACGGUUCUGGCUGGCUGACUGUCCCCGGACAGCCGAGGCCAUGUCUUUCGCCAACCUCCUGUACCGGGAGCUCUCAGCCGUGCCCUACAUGGCCAAGUUUGUGGUGUUUGCCAAGAUGAACGAGGUCCGUGAGGGCCGUUUGCGCUGCUACUGCAUGACUGAUGACAAGAUGGACAAAACCCUGGAGCAACACGAGAACUUCAGCGAGGUGGCCCGCAGUCGCGAUAUCGAGGUGAUGGAGGGUAUGCCACUGCACCUGGAGUGUUCUGGGAACCUGGUCCCAGUGAGGAAGGCUACCCAGCAGCCUCGCUGUUUCAGCUUCCAGGCCUUCCGAGACAAUAGACUCCCCGUCUCUGUCAAGGUGAGAGAUAGUAGCAAAGAUCACUCCGGAUUCCUGUCUUUCCUGCGGAAGUCUACCAAGUACGAAGACAGCCAACAUGUGCUGUGCAAUCUCAAUAUUACCAUGCCUCUGUGUAUCAAGGCUGCUGGGAGUGAAGAUCGGAGGCGAACUCUGACCCCAUUAGCCCUGCGAGAGAGAUACAGUGCCCUGAAUGAGCCUGCCAUGGCAUCAAUGAGUGCCAUGGAAAAGACAGAGCUGAAGAUGGCUCUGAUAGCUGAACAGUUGGGACUGAGCUGGGCUGAGCUGGCGAGGGAGCUACAGUUCAGUGUAGAUGACAUUAAUAAGAUCCGUGUGGAGAAUCCUAACUCCCUAUUGGAGCAGAGUUCUGCCCUGCUCAGCCUAUGGGCCACCUGUGAGGGCAAGAGAGCCAAUAUGGAGAGUUUGUACACAGCUCUGAAGAGCAUUGACCGGAUGGACAUAGUAAACAUGUUGGAGGGCCAGGGGCCACAGUCUGCAGGGAGGCAGGCCCGGGAGCCAAGCAGACGCAGACACAACGAGAGCGACCACAUCUCCCCCAGCCUGACCAAUGGUUACGGGGUAUUACAGGAGGAGCUGCUCUCCCCUCCUUCCAUGCAGUACAGCCUGCCCUCCCCACUCGGAAAUGAGCCCUACUGGCAGGAAGUCUCCAGUCUGGAGUGUGCUCCCAUGGCCAUCACAGAGGAGGACACACUCAUGGAGAUGUCCGAUGUGCAGGUGUGGCCCUCGGGCAACAGCCCCUCCCUAGUGGCCGUGGAGGACUCCUCACUGGAGUGCAGCAAUGCUGACGACUCGGAGGGGCUGCAGGGGCUCUCAUACGGGAACCUGGGCCGGCCGGGCAGUAGGGCUAGCGGAGAGGAAGGGGGGCUGAGUGGCUCCAUGGAGCUGGUGGAAGACAACUCAGAGAUGGGGGCUGUUGACUCGUUCAGCACCGCCACCCCUGCCACCCCUGCUUCGUUCAGCACAGCCACCCCUGCCACCCCUUCUUCGUUCGGAGGCACCAUCGCCGCCAUGUUAUACAACGUUAAUGGUCUGGAGAAGGGUCAAGGGUCAAAAGUCGUGAAGUCAGAGGCAGCAGCGGUCAGAGGCAACUUGGCAGGUGGAGAUGGAGCUGGAGUUGAAGGAGGAAGAGGAGGAAGGACAGGCUCAGAGGAAGGGCUUUCUCUUGUUGCAGGACAACAGCAGCGAGUGUACACCCGGCUGAGCAAGUCGCCCGGUCUGAGCCGCGUGGCUGAUCGUAAUGGAGACAGGUCCAGUGGUGGCAGCAGUGGUAGUAGAGGCAGUGGCGGAGGUGGUGGCUCUUUACUGUCCUAUCUGCAGGAGCAGUCGGGUCCAGGUUGGCAACCUGUCACUGACCACACUCAAGCCUGGUUGGGUUCACAGACAGCAAAACCCAGGCAGGCCAUGGACUCAAUGAUGUCAUCAGUGCGCGCUACCAUGGAUGUCGACCCCAGCCAGUCCCGUGUGUCCCAGGAAGCCUUGCUUCAGCCGGUGCGGGACAUGGGGCACUCUGAGCUCCUGCGUGGGCACUUCAGGGGCACCCAGCCAUUUGAGAAGGGCCUGGGGUUCCCUCACAGGGUGCCAGAGCUGCAGACCUGGGACGACGUACUCCUGAGGCAGCAGGGUGACGAGGCCAAGGAUCUCCCAGGGGAACAAGUGAGCGAGGAGCAGUUCACAGACGAGCAUGGAAACAUUGUCACCAAGAAGAUUGUACGGAAGGUGGUGCGCAGGGGGAAGGGCUCAGGUGACGAGGGGGGUCAGGAGCGGUCAGUGAGCGUGGAUGGCUCUCUGCAGGAUGAGUUGGAGGCUGAGGCGGAGCAGUUCAUGAACUACGCCGUCCUGAGCAGCAAGCCUGAUAUUGUGGAUGUGAAGAAGGGUGCUCAGAUAGUGAAAUGUGCCAGUCUGCGGAGAGUAAAGCAGUGAGGGAAGCAUGCAGACAGAGUGGCAGAGCGACAUGUGCCCGCAGGAUUUGAGCCCCACACCAAAACAAUCCUACUUAGACACAUGACCGGCGGCAGGUGACAGGAGGAAUGAAGAGGAGGAGAAUAAUGGAGAGAAAAGAAGAGAGAUUGGAACGAACAAAACACUAACUUCAUAAUAACAACAACCACCACGGCAAAGCCGACGAUCACGAGAGCGAAGUGGAUUUACUCCUAGUUUUCUUACCUUUUUAAAAAAAGAAACAAUCCAAAAAUGUCAACUACUAGGCUAGGUGCAUGAUUUCGUAUAAAACAAAACCAAACACAGACAACAAAAAAAUAGCAACCAAAACGUGCUUCCUGUUAUAUGUAUCAGCAUGAAUGACUGCUGGCGCAUGGCCUGUCUUUCACUACAGUACUAGGGGUUGUGGGGGGGGGGGGGGGGGUCACUCCUGUAUUGGAUAGGAGGCCAUGUUGGGGUGUUGGGCAAGGUGAAUAUGUCAUACGUCCCCUUUCUGAAAGAAACAAGGCAGUGUUUGUUUGUGAAACUUCUGAAAAGGGAGACUGUCAAAAUACUCAGAAUUAUCUCUAGGCAACAGGUCACUCUCCCUCACAGGCACACUGAACAGACUCUUCCAGCAAAAAAAUGAUUAAAUACAUCACAGGCUGGUUUCAGCCCGUCACUGUCCCACUCCAGUAGCCUACAUUUGGGAUAUUGGUGUUGUACAUUCUAUCUGCACUGAAAUGCUACGUGACUGAGUGUUACCUGUGUUUUAUGCCACCAUAACCCUAUGUGAUGCUAUUGAUGCUGCUGUUUCAGACACCUAAACGAUUCUUCUGCUCUGGUGUUCUUGUUUGGUUAACUCUAUGUUCUAUAUAUCUUGAGAUCUGGUGGGUAUGAGAACAAACAAAACAAACCUCUGUGUC